AUAUUAAAGGAUUAUCAAAUACUACUACUUUUUACCUUUACCUAGAAAAUAAUCGAGACGUUAGGUUUGUUGUUGACUGUACUCAAUUCGGUCAGCACUCAGUAUUGUAAUGUAUUCGUUAUUUCUUUUGUGAUAAGGGUGAUAGAUAAAAAAUUGCUCAUUACAGCCCGCAUCAGCGAUUGCAAAAGUCGGGUUAUGUUUAUUCUAUCGCCUACUUAAUAUAAAAACGUUGAGGAUUUUUUUUAUUAGUGUGCAUAGAUUAUUGCGAUUUCAACAUGAAGUUGUUUAUUUUCAUGUUUUUAUUUGUUACUUCGUCAUUGGCCACGCAUCUUCUUACACCAGAUGACUUACAAGAAUUGUUUAUCAAAUUCGCAAGAAAAGAAUUGUCGCAGUCUGAAAUCGACGUAUUGACAAACGUGCUGAAAGUGUAUUACAGUCAGACACCUAACAGCCGCAUUAGCGUUGAAAGAUCGAACAUACAAUGUCUGAUAUGCCGAAGUGGAGUCUCGGCGCUGUUCGAGCUGGUCAGGAACGGAGCGGCUGAUGAUGAGCUAAUCGAUGCUGCGACCGUCAUGUGCUCAGCCCUGGGCAUUGUCUCUCCGAAUGCCUGUCAGGGAGUUAUAGAGUUGAAUGCGCCAAUAUUUACAUACAUCAUAAGUUCAACUCCCGAGUUGACGCCUGCUACGGCGUGUGGUCUGUUGCUGCAGAACGUUGGUAACGAUGUGUGUAAUUACGAUGAUCCGAGGUUCGAGUGGGAAGUGGAUCUACCGGCACCUAUAGAAUCCGAAGAUGUUGAAGAGGUACAAACUGAGGACGCCAAUCCUCUCACCGUCGUCUUAAUCACUGACGCUCACAUAGAUCCUUACUACGAGCCUUUCGGUGUCGCCGAUUGCGACGAACCGACCUGCUGCAGAACAGGUCAACGACCACGAACUACUAUGACCUCCACAGAUAUAGACGAGGAGGCUGUAUCGAGAAGCAUACUCACAGUCAAUAACGAAUUAGUACUAGACGUUGAUGCGCUGUCUUCAGUUGUACGGACAGUGAAACACGCGGUUCGAACUAAUUCAGAACCGGCCGGCUACUGGGGCGACUGGAGAAACUGUGACUCGCCGAUAUGGGCCUACGACGAUGUUAUAGACAGAAUCGCGUCGGCGCACCAGAACAUCGACAUCGUCUACUACCUAGGAGACAGUAUAGAUCACCAUGUUUGGGAAACUACAUACGACAUGAUCAACGAUGUCAAUCUGCACAUCAUCGAGAAGAUGAGGAGUAGCUUCGGCGAAGACGUGCCUAUAUUACCCGUCAUCGGUAAUCAUGAAUCUCAGCCGACGAAUCAAUUCGCCCCAAGCUCCGUUGUCGGGGACAAAUUGAAUACGACGUGGCUUUACGAGGCGUUGGCCAAUAAAUGGGAUCACUACUUGACGGAAGAGGCUAAGGAGACGGUGCGAGAACGCGGCGAAUUCUCCAUAUUAGCGAAACCCAAAUUACGUGUUAUUUCUAUUAAUAACAACGUUGCCUAUCGAAACAACUGGUGGGUAAUGUAUGACCCCACAGAUGCCAAAAAGCAUUUGGACUGGUUGGUUGAGGAGUUGUAUAAGGCGGAGCUGGCCGGAGAGAAAGUACACAUCUUAGGCCAUAUACCACCAGGCGUCCACGACUUCUUCUAUACUUGGACAAGGGAAUAUAAUAAAAUAGUCAAUCGAUUUUCAUCGACAAUCGCAGCGGAAUUCAAUGGCCAUGUUCAUUCAGACGAGUUUAAAAUAUUUUAUAAUGACGCUGGCAACCCUAUUAACGUGGCAUGGGGUGCGGGCGCCGCUACGACCUACAGCAAUUACAAUUUAAACUAUAAAAUUGCCACCAUCGAUCCCGAAAGCUUUGGACCACUAAACAUUGCCAACUAUGUUUAUAAUUUGACAGAAGCUAAUUUAACACCAAACAGAAGUCCACACUGGUUCCAGUUAUAUGACUUCAAAAACAGUUUUGAGCUUCAGGAUUUGUCGCCGUCUUCAAUGAAUGCACUGGUCAACAGCAUGGUAACAGACAAAAAAUAUCUGCUGGAUCUAUAUUCCGCAUAUUACUUCAAGAUCAGUGAUGCGAGUUGGCCAUGGUGCAAUGAGCAGUGCAAAGUGGAUAACUUGUGUAAGUCAGUUGUCACCGUUUUAUGGGAACGCCAGAGAUGUGAACAACUCCAUAGUCUAUUUUUUUCAUAAACAGAUAAAAGGUAAUAAGUUAAAAAAAAUAAACAAG